UAUAGUGCGGACGUAUCCCAGCGUCAGUGCAAUGAAUUGAAGUUGUCGCGCUUUGUUUUCGAGUUAUGUGAAAAAGAUUCAGUGAACUGGUAAAUUUACACAUCAGUACACACCUUCGAGUUAUUCUGACCUGUGCAAAAUCGCUUCAGGUUGACUUUUGAACAACAAACACAUAGGAAUGAACGAUCGAACGCACACAAAAAAGACAGAAAAAUAAAAAAAUUGAAUAAACAGAAUGAAUUUUGGUGUACCGAAAAGAUAAACCAUAAAGAUAUUUCUCUUGGCCGCUGGCAUAACACACUCACGCACACAGUUCCAAAUGCAAAACAAAAAGUAGCCAAUGUAUAUUCGGUGUGUGUUUGGAUAUCUGAAGUGAACUUUUGCGAGUGUAAGAGAAAUCAUCCACACAAAUGAUAUAAUUUUCGAUCUAAGAAGAAGCGAAUGAAUGGCAUUUUAGUAUCGAAACGGAGAAAUGAUUAUAUUACUUGGAUGUUGAAUAAAAAUGCGUUAUCCCUUUGGCCGUUCUCGAGUGUGGUAUCGGCUGGGUUGUAAAAUCCAUCAUGCAAAAAGAUAUCAAUAUCCGUCGUUAGAAGUGAAUGUGUUGUGCUAUUUUGGGCUUCGUGUAUGUGAGAAAGUCUCUUUCUCUCUUAUUCAAUUGAUGUUUACUUGACACAUAAAAACAUAAAAAAGCGACCAUCCGCUCGUCUAUUUUGUGACAUGAACGAGAAAAAAUUGCCAACAAUCGACAAAAAACUGCCAAACUAAAUAAAUAAAUUAUGAUAAAGACGCAUGAAUGUGCUACUAAAUGAUGAAAAAAAAGUGCGGCAUCGUUGAAUAUGAAAAGUUGUGCCGACAAACGAGACAAGAAUAGCAGAAACAAAUUUCCAAGUCGGUGAAGAAAAACGAAAAGAAAAGUGCUUUUCUUCAGCACUUGAACAAAAAUUCGGUAGAAGCGAAAAACCCACACAGACAAAAGUAGAACCUUCAAGAAAGUGAAAAACUAGUUUGAUUUGAAACGAUAUUCGAUUGAUAGAUCGACUCUAGUAUUAGUUGUGACAUCUUUUUUUACUUGACUUCGUCGCCGUUAGCUUUUCUUUUCGACGCCAAUUUUUGCACGAUGAUACGAAGACACAAGUUAAUCCGGUUCAUACAAUUUGCCAUCAUUUCUGUUUGGUGCCAUUAUUUCGAAGCGUUCACUUCUACAGACGUGAAUAAAAAAUAGUGCGAACGUCGAGCUAAAAAAAAGAAAGCUUUAAAUAUAUCAGAGAAACAUUGUUUUCAUACAGAACAAACAUUUUUUCCGUGGUUAAAACACAGUGAUUGAUAGUGGUUCAGGCCGAUUUCGAGUGUAUGUCAUUUAAUGAUGAAUGAAUAAAAAUAAAAUCGGGCCAAUUUCAAGCGAUAGAAACUAAAUUGUAUUGUGGACAAGUCGAAAUUUCACGGCACACAGAAUCAAUCGAUUUUAUUGGAAAUUUUUCACAAGGACCUCCGACAUCACACCGACAUUGAAUUCCAGAGAUAACUCAAUCAAACGCAUUCAUGUAGAAUGAUAAAGUGAAUCGAUUGAAUGCGAUUGUCAUAAAACUGAAAAGAGCCAAGUGAAAACAAAAAUACUGUAAAAAAGAUAUGUGUAAUGCGUUGUGUGGCGGUUAAUUCAAUUUUGGUUGGAUUAUAAAUAAUAGUAACAAAUUUAGCUAGAGACACGGAGCAAAGCAUUGACAAAUAUGACGACAUUAAGAAGUUUAUUGCUACUACCAUUUUUAUUGAUUAUUUAUAAUGGUGGAUUUAGGAAUGACAAAAUGUCCGCCGGUGCAAUGUUUAGUAGAGGAAUAAAUAGUAUAAGUGCAUCAAGAAUCAUGCGAAUGACAUCAAAAUUGUUUGAAACGUUUGCGCUAGCUUCGACAACGGUGUUGUUGUUGAGCAGCGUCACUGUGACAGCUGCCGCAUCGGUAACAAUCGGAUUUGCGGAGCAACCUCAACUUCAACCACAUGCAGCUGCAUUAAUUUCAUCACCAUCUGCUUCCGCUUCAGCGUCCGCGUUGUCCAUCACUAAACCCGAUUAUGGAAUUACGAAUGUAACCGCACAAAUUGGAACAAAUGCAUAUCUGCCGUGUAAAGUGAGACUAGUUUUCAACAAAUCGGUGUCAUGGGUGCGCGUCCGCGAUGAUCACAUUUUAACCGUUGAUCAAAUCACAUUUAUCGCCGAUGAACGCUUCCAUGCAUAUCAUGCCAUGGAAAAUGGUGCGACUCAAUCGUCGGCCACGUCAACAUUAUCAAAUCAACGACGGCAAUUAGCUGGUGCUGUACAAAAAACCAACAACGACCAUAACAACACUACAAAUUCAGCAAAUUCACCGUGGACAUUGCAAAUUAAAUACGUUCAAGCUAGAGAUGCUGGUCUUUAUGAAUGCCAAAUUUCAGCCGAACCAAAAAUUAGCGCCCGUGUUUAUUUGCACGUAGUGGUUCCAAAAACAGAACCGAUGGGUGAUACUGUGCGUUAUGUGAAAGAGGGUAGCCGAGUGACAUUGCAUUGUGUCAUUAGUGGCGCAAUUGAUCCACCGUUGUACGUGAUUUGGUACCAUGGACAACAACAAAUCUUUCCUGAUAAUGGAAGGCACUGGAAAACAGAAGUCUCCCAUCAAGAUAUGCAUUCGAACAAAUUGGGCAAAUCUGGCGAUGAAACUGAACCGCUUGCCUCAAGCCAACAAUCCAUGUUCGAUUCAAGAAAAACGGUUGGUACUUUGUAUAUUCCAACAAUCAAGAAGAAAGAUUCCGGUAAUUAUACAUGCAAUCCAUCAAAUAGUCCAAGCGUCACCAUUGUACUACAUGUUAUCAAUGGUGAAUAUUCGGCGUCGGCCAUCACAUCAUCAUCAUCAUCAUCAUCCGGCCCUGAAUAUCAACGAAAGUCAUUUAAUCGCUUUUUAAAUAUUGUAUGCUUUGGCAUUACGUUAAUUACACUGUUAAUCACCACAUGACAAUACAGCGAAAUUGAAUUAUCGUCCAGUAAGUGAACGAUGGAAAUUCUGCUGCCGUUGCGUACACGCUCGUCCGAUAACCUCUCCCGCUUAUUUCAAAUAACACUUCGGUUGUUCGCCGAAGAGAAAUAUGUUCACGACGGCAAAAACAACACUAACACAUAAAACUUCUACAUAGAUUUAUACCUGACAUUUAAAAAAACAUAUGUUAUUAUAUAUAAGGAUAUUAAGGGUGGUAAAGUCAGUACCAAACUGCAUCUUUCGCUAGCAAAUUGAUGGAUUGAUGACGCAAAUACAUUCACUCACUCACGAAUGACAAACAGUUUAUGUUUAAACCAUGAAAUAUGUAUGAACAUACAUUGGAACAGAUGGAUGAAGGCGUCCAAAAAUAGAGCUGAUGAGUCGAAGGUAAUAAAAUUUAACCGAAUGACUGAUGCAAAAGCAUCGAUUAAAAUAGCGUUAUUUCAACUGCGAACACGGGAAAAGUCGACGAAACGUUUCUUUUUUUUUUUAACUCGAAUCACUUCGUUUUUUUUUGUAAUUUUCAAUUUUUGUUUGAAAAAUGCUCAGGCAAACCCGUUGUCCAAACUAUAAUAAUUUGACGUCGUGCAUUCUGCUUAAUAUUUCCACCAUCAUUCUCACCGGUUUUUUUUAACGUUCACAAGCAAAAACCAGCGCACACGAGACCUGAAAAAUGUUUUUGCUGCCAAAACUUUUGCCCAACUUAAAUCUCCAUUCGAUGUAAUUUACUUCCUGAGCGAGCACAUGGUUUUUAUUGAAUUUCGAAAUCACUAGAUUCGCUUGGUGCUGGUGAGUUUCUUCUCUUCGGUCUUUUUUCUAUAGUCACAUGUUAUGCGUGAUCUUCCGCAUUUCUGUUUUACAAAAUUUUCUUCGGCGGUUUUGUGGCCAGAAAUACAAAAGAAGCGAUUUUUUUAUUUGACUUGUGGUUUUUAAUAGCUGCUGUAAAUCCCAAUCGUUCUCACGGGGGUGCUGUGCCGUGUUGGACCGUUCGCUUGAAUUCUCUGCGGAGUCAAUCUAUGUUUACACUGGUUCAAGAACAAAAUGUACGUCGCUCUUUUGCGACAAAUAAAAUCGACCACAGAAACCACAUCGCGCACAUUCAAAACAAUGACGAUGAUGGAAAGUUGAGAUUAUACCAGAGGAACCGAAAUUACUCAUACAACGAUAUCAUCUGUAACACAGUUAAUUUUUUUUCUUCGAUGUUGUGACUGCAACUUCUUUUCGUUCUCCGAUUUCAGUUCAUGACACAAAUCCAGAUAAAAGUUGUCAAGUGUUGUUUAUUCACCGUGGACCAAAACAAAAUUUAAAAAAAAAACGUGUUCACAACUUCGAGAGAUUCACUUCUCAAAAACUAGUAGAAAUAAGAGAGACAACAACAUUUGCUACAAUUGACCAGUUUUUCCCAGCACUUUGGAACGCAAUGGAUUUUCAGGAUGCGCACACAAUGAUGGAUUUGUUUACUUCACAACUUUAACAUUGCCGCUUACAAAUGAUAAACACUCUGUUUCACAAAAGUACAUUUGGAAUUCGAGUGUCAAGUUCACCGUUGCAAACAAACAAAAAAACAAUAUUUUCAAAUCAAGACCAAUGGAAACCAAUUCAAAAUUUGUUUGAAACAUUUCGGAUUAAUGUGA